CACAUGAACGCGCCUCUGUCAACUCAAGGCGUUGAGAGAUGAGGGAAGUCAGACAGCUGUAGCUUUAGUCAUAAUUUUGUUAUAAUGACACCUCUUUCUGUCACACAGACCUGUCAGAAAGCACAGUAAUACUACACAGAGAGUGUGUUUAUUUCGUCCUGUUGUGUUUUGCUGUGGGUGAAGAUGGCGCAAGCGUUAUCUGAAGAGGAGUUUCAUCGCAUGCAGGCUCAGCUCUUGGAGUUGAGAACGCAGAACUACCAGUUAUCUGAUGAGCUGCGGAAAAAUACAGCAGAGCUGAACAGUGUUCGUCAGAAGAUCUCAACCUUGGAGAAAGACUAUGUGAAAGCACAGAAGGCUUUGAACAAAAGCAAGAAAGCACAGGAGGUAGAUGCAUUGCUCAGUGAGAACAAGAUGCUUCAGGGGAAGUUACACAGUCAGGAAGAUGAUUUUCGAUUGCAAAACAGCACCCUUAUGCAAGAGCUGUCCAAGUUAUGUUCCCAGAUUGAACAGUUGGAGCUAGAGAAUCAAGGAUUGAGGGAUGGUCAAGGUUUGGAAAGACCCGCCUCCAGCCCCACCUCUGCUGAGCUCCUGCGGCUCCAGGCUGAAAACUCCGCCCUGCAGAAGACAUUGACAGCUAUUCAAGAACGCAAAGAUGUCCUCAUCGAUGGAGAGGCUGACACUAAUGGAGUCCAGUCAGAGGCCAGCGGUCACAGUGAAGACACCGGUGUCCCAGGCAGUAAUGAAGUGGACCAGGCCGAAGUGCAGGAUGUGAAACCAGAACGAGAUAAUGAUCGUAGCGAUGUAAAGUUGAAGCUCCAAACAGUGAUGGAAGAGAAAAGCUUAUUAAGAGAGCAACUGCAGUCACUGGAGACAUCCAAGCAGACAGAAAUUGUAAAACUUCAAGAAGAAAAUGCUAAGUUAUCUGACAAACUGAAGAAAAAACAAGAGAGCUUUCAGCGACUACAGGUUGAGAAAGAAGCACUUUACAAUGACAGCAGGACUAAAAUUGAUGAGAUCCAGCAGAGGAAAGAGGAGGAGCUGAAAUCCAUAAACCUACGUGUGCAGAAAGUUCAAGCCGAUUUAAUGGCCGCCAACCAGAAUGUGGCUGAGCUGAAGGAACAGUUGCAGAGUAAACAGAAAGAGCAUGAGAUGGCCAUCCACGCGCUCAAAGAUCAGGUAGCAUGUCAAAGUGCUGUCAGUCAGGAGCAGGUGGAGGGUAUGCUGAGUGAGAACGAUGCUCUCAGGACAAAUCUUGCAGCCCUAGAACAGAUUCAAACUGUGAAGACUCAGGAACUGAAUUUGCUGAGAGAGCAAAACAUGGCACUUAACAGCGAGCUUCAGCAGAGACGUGGUGAUCAGGAGAGCUUUCUGGCACAAAGAGAUGAUCUGAACUCUCAGCUACAGGAGUCAAACCGAGCAAACAGUCGACUGCUGGAGCAACUCACUGAAGUGGGACUAGAUAAAGACAAAUUACAGCAGGAGUUAGAAGAGGCCAGAAAGACUGCAGAUAAGCGUAAGGUCAUGCUUGAUGAACUGGCCAUCGAGACGGCACAGGUGAAGUCUCAGCACAAAGAGGAGCUCGGCGACGUGCGUCUCCAGCAUGAGAAAGAGGUGCUGAGCAUCAGAGCGCGCUAUGAGAAGGAACUCCGGGGCCUCCACGAGGAGAAGAACCGCACGGAAGAGGAGAUCCGAUCACAGCUGCGAGAUGAGAAGGCACGCAAUAAAGAGCUGGAGGGCCUUCAGCCGUACGUGGAGGAACUAAAAGCUCAGGUUCAGUCGAUGGAGGGAACGAAGGGCUGGUUUGAACGCAGGCUCAAGGAAGCAGAGGAGACUAUGGAAAAUAAAGUUCUGGAGCAUUCAGAAGAGAUCCAGAGACUGCAGCGAGAACACACAGUUCAGCUGGAGGCUAAAGCUGCAGAGGUGGAUGCUGUCAAACAGCAAGUGACAGAGCUGGAGAAGGAGAGAGAAGAUCUCAAAAACACAAUCGGCAAACUGAAACAGGAAAUCAAAGAUGUAGUGGAUGGACAGAGAAUCCUGGAGAAAAAAGGCAGUUCGGCGCUGAAAGACUUAAAAAGACAACUCCAUUUGGAGAGAAAACGAGCAGAUAAACUUCAAGAGCGUCUGCAGGAGAUCCUAACCAACACUAAGACUCGUACAGGUCUGGAGGAGUUGGUGUUGUCAGAAAUCAGUUCCCCGAGCCGUACGCAGCAGACCGGUGACAGCAGCAGCAUUUCUUCUUUCAGCUAUAGGGAGAUCAUGAAAGAUGGAGCGUCCGCACCCAGCACCAAUAAGUCGAAUACCAGCAGUCCUCAAUCUCAGCGACCGGCUGACCUUUCAGACGAUGAGGUUGGCGAGCUCUUCCAGAGACUUGCUGAGGUCCAGCAGGAGAAAUGGAUGCUGGAGGAGAAGGUCAAACACUUGGAGGUCAGCUGUGCCUCAAUGGCCGAUGACAUCUGUAAAAAGAGCGCCAUCAUCGAGACGUACGUCAUGGACAGCCGAAGAGAUGGAGGUGGAGUGGCUCAUGGACAUGUGGCUCAGGGAGAACGUGGAGGUUUGAGCUCUGUGUUUAGGGAUCUGGUGAAACCUGGAGAUGAGAACCUGCGUGAGAUGAACAAAAAACUGCAGAACAUGCUAGAAGAGCAGCUGACCAAGAACAUGCACCUUCAGAAGGAUCUAGAGGUUUUGUCUCAGGAGAUCGUUCGUCUGAGUAAAGACGGCACCUCUGAGGAAAGCUCCAAAGCCACGGGCUAAAGCCCUACGCCCGAUGAUUCAGUACCCUUCUGUUUCUCUCUCUUUCUCUCUCAUCUCUUCACGGCUACCAGGAGGGAAGUUACGUCCAUCUCUUGCAAGAUUUGACCUCCGGCUGGAAUCUCAGAUGUUUAGGAGCACAGAGGGUCACAACAGAUCGUGUUCAUCUGUGAUUUACAUGCUACUGAAUGUAAUGUAACACUUCAUAUGUUUGUCUGUGACUGGAAAGAACUGAUGACACGGGGUCGGCGUACCGUCCUCUGCUGCUUGAUACGUGUUAAUGGGUCUGGGGCGUCGUCUCUGUGGUCCGGACGGACCGCUAGCGGCUUCUAAACCUACCACUAAUGUCCCGGUUCUGGAGAUUACACCGUGUGUAACAGUUCGGCGUCUGCUUUCUUAAACUGCUGUCACUGUUGUGUAUAUUUGUUUUUGCUGAAAAAGAUUAUUUUGUGUGUGGGCAUAGAUUUGAUCAUCAGAAUUGUAUUUAUUUGUGCCAGAGGAUCCAGCUAGCGUAAUGUUUGUACGUCUACAGAAAGCUGCCGCAGUGCGUGAUGUUUCUCAAGUUCUGCGGACUUCAUUAGUAUAUCAACACAUUCAGAAAGUUUUCUGCCUGCGAUAAUUACCAGAGCAAUUUGUGUCGGCUCUCAAAAUGUUCCUGCGAAGGAAAACGACUCCCUGGACUUCCCUUAUUAAACAGCAAUCUCGCCGCGUCUUAACAACUCGCUCUGACACCUCCGUAUCCGCCUCAGAACCGACAGCGCUGUUGAGGAACCCAGCAAUUUACAACAAUGCCCACUCGACUCCCGUCAGAAAACACAACAUCUGUUAUCUCUAUUGUUUGGUGAAUUUAGUUUUUACAUUUUCAGCUUUGUGUAAACAUUUUAAAGUCUGACACAGUGUUUUAUUUUGAGAUUGUUUCAGUGUGAUGUAAUUGCGGGGACGCUGCAGUAGAAGAGCAACAGGACACAGGUUUUGAGUCGUGAGAUUGUUAAAAAUAUGAAGAUUGUCUUAUCGUAAGUUCUCAGGCUCAGUUCGUAUUUUUGUGCGUAAUUGCUUGCACUUGAUUUUUUUCAUAAAACAAACCAGCGCACUACGGAUCUCAGUUUGAGUAGACACUAGAUUUAAUUUGAUGCAAGUUUAUAAGCAGAUAUAUGUUCAGUACCCCUCUUUAUUUAGGAUUCAUAUUAUUAUCUUGGUGUUGUGCUUUAAGUUAAAGGAUUACUCCACUUUCAUAUUGAUAAUAUAAAUAUUUAACUCGCAACCAUGGGAUCCAAAGUGUUUAUGUCUUUCUUUAGUCGAAAAGAAAUUACGAUUUUUUUUAGGAAAACAUUUCAGGUUUUUCUCCAUGUAGUGGACUUUAGUGGACCUCAACAGUUUACAGUUUUAAUGCAGCUUCAAAAGUCUCUAAACGAUCCCAACCGAGGCAUAAGGGUCCUAUCUAGCAAAACCAUCACCAUUUUCACACAAAAAUAUGUACUUUUAAACCAGAACUUCUCAUCUUGAGCUAGCGGUGUGAUGCGCCACAUGUGAAACGCACACUUGCAGACCAUUUUAAGCAAUAAACAGACACAAAGACUGCAAAAAUAACUUUCUUACUUAAUAUAUGUGUCUUGUUCUUAGUAAAAAUAUCUAAAAAGUCUUAAAUUAAGAUGCAUUUUCUUCAUGAGCAAAAUGACCUAGGAAAUUAAGUCUAGUUUUUAGACAAAGAAAAAUUUAUAAAAACUAAAAAGUAAAUUAGUGCUUAAAACAAGCCAAUAGAAGUGCUUAUGGAAAGAGUAAACUUAUUUCAAGAAAAUGUUUCUUAUUCCAUUGCCAGAUUUUUUUGUUUGCUUUAAAAGUUUAUAUUUUUUCGUCUAAAAACGUUUUUCGACUUAUUUUCAUAGGUAAUUUUGCUAAUCAAGAAAAUACAUCUUGAUUUAAGAAUUUUUAGAUAUUUUUACUGAAAACAAGACAAAAAUACUAAGUAAGAAAGUCUUUUUUGCAGUGCACUGCAAAAAAUGAUUUUCAAGAAAAAAUAUCUUAGUAUUUUUGUCUUUUUUUCUUUUCGGUAAAAAUAUCUAAAAAUUCGUAAAUUAAGAUGUAUUUCAUUGAUGAGCAAAACGACCCAAGAAAAUAAGUCUAGUUUUUAGACCAAAAAUGUCAAAUUUAAGUGAUUUUGUGAAUAAAACAAGCAAAAAAAUCUGCCAAUGGGGUACUUUAAGCAAAUUUUUCUUGAAUUUUUCUUGAGUUUUGUGUUUAAGAAAAAUGUUCAAGAUUUUUUGCUUGUUUUAUGCACAAAAUCACUUAAAUUUGACAUUUUUGAUCUAAAAACUAGACUUAUUUUCUUGGGUCGUUUUGCUCAUAAAGAAAAAGCAUCUUAAUUUAAGAAUUUUUAGAUAUUUAGUUUUUUCUUGAAAAUCAUUUUUUGCAGUGUGGUAGUUUCACAUACGUCAUGCGUGACCUUUCAACAUGAUUACGUAAUACGGGAGGUCACGCUGGUGCAUCACACGGCUAGUGCAAGAUGAGAAGCUGUGGUUUAAAAUUACAUUUCAUUUUUUUACAAAAAUUGUUGAUGAUUUCACUAGAUAAGACCCUUAUGUCUCAUUUGGAAUUGUUUAGAGUCCUUUAAAGCUGCAUUGAAACUGUAAACUGUUGAGGGUUUUAUAAGUGGAAUAUUCCUUUAACAAAAUAUUAAUAUGACAUGGUUCCAGAUUUCCAGUGGACAAAACUGCAUGAAUAGGUGGAAAAAUGCUGGGUUAUUUUCAACCCAGCGUUGGGUCAGAUAUAAAUGUGACCAAACGCUGAGUUGAAAAUUUUUAUGUAUAAAAUAAUAGUAUAUUAACCAUACAACCCCUACUCUAAAAAAAUGUUGUGUCAAAUAUGGGAAAACCCAACUGUUAGGUUAUAAAUAACCAUUUGCUAUGUUUGUAAUUACCCAACCCAGCAUUUAGGUUGAAAUUAAUCCAAUGUGUAUGGUUUGUCUUGUAACUCUUUUAAGCAUUGAGCAGACUGUCUAUCUCUCUCUUGCAGACUUGUUUUGUUUUCUAUCAGAGUAAAUAUGGUGUCUACUUCGAAUGAGGUCCAUUAAUCAUUUUAGAUGCAAUGAAUUAUGACCAAACAGCUUGGAGAAAUGAUUGUUAGUUUAAUCUGUUGUGAUUGGACAACAGAACAUAUUAGAUGAUUCGUGAUUUUUGUGACAUGAGAUUAUAAAAGCUGCGUCCAUCCAUUUCAUAAGUGAGUCUGUAUUAAUGGAUAUAAAUGCAUAUAUUCAACUUUGUUUUAUUAUUCAUGAGCGGUUACUUUUCUGUUUAUUUAAAGCUUUUGUUAGGUUACUGCAAUGCUUUAAACUUGACUAUAACGACGGUUAAUCGGCUCGUGCAUGGUGCUUAAUAUGCCUGCUGUUUCUGACUUCCAAAGGAAAUCCUGACUGAAAGAUUUUUCAUAGUUUUCCCAUCCUACAAACACCUCACACGAUUUAUAUCAUUCACGGGUGGAAAAACUGUGUUUUUUGUAAUCACAACUGACAUUGCAGUAAAGAUUCACUUACUGUAGAUCAUCACACUCCAAAAGAAUGACGGAUGUUUGCCUUUGAAGCUCAGAUUGUUUCUUGUUUUGUCUUCUUCGUCUUAUCUAAUAUCUGCCAAUUUAGCUUUUCUUUAAUCCAGAUCAUCAGCUAAUGAGCACUAACACAUGAAAAUAAAUGGAAUUAUAUUACUAAUCCCCAAUAAACCACUACAUGCUGUAGGAUUCAUAUUUAUUUAUGUGCAUUUGUCAUGUCAUGUCUUUCAUAUC